GCCACCGCUGACAAGGUCUCUCUUCUCCCUCUCCCUCUCUGUUUCAAUUUUUAUCUGUGGUUUGGGUUCUGAUUUAUUCACUGGUCAAGUGAGAACAGAACAUGCUUUGCGUUUUUGUUUUCAUUGAUUUAGGAAUUUUCAUUUGAUUCAAAAGACCAGCUAAGAACCUGUGCUCUUUGGUCAAUGGUUGCCUUCAAUUCAAUGGAGGUAAUGGUUUUAUUUAUAGAAAGAUGAGUGCAAAUUCUGGGAUAUAUGUUGGGCGUGAACUUUAGAAAAAACAGGUUGGGAAUAGUAAAACCCUAAUAAGAAUGGACAGUGUGAAGCAGUGAUAUAAGAAAAGCAGACCCACCCAUAUUUGAUGGUUAUUUGGGGUUUGGAUCAGAGCAUUGGCAAUUGUGUUUCCUCUGCUAUCACAAUCGUUUUCACUGCACUAUCCUCUCCACCAUUUCGUCGCCGUUCAUGGGUUUCUCCAAAGAAAACCAUCUUGCGCAGUUGAAGGAGCUUCAGAUUCCAUUUUCCCAAUAAGAACAUCCAGUUGUGUUGACCAUUGACGCUCAGGAUCCAUGGAUUUUAGAGAUGGAGCUCACAAGUUUUCUUGGUGUAUUGUUACUGCUUCUACAGAUUGGAGAUCUCUGGCUUCGACUGCUAUGGCACUUCCUACAAAUAAUUGUCAGCGCAUGGUAUUCCAUAGUAGUCGUGGUUAAUUUGUUGGAGAGCUACUUCAUCUCUCUUGGAGUACUAGAGAAAUACAAGUCUCUUCAUUCAGAAAAGGUUCAGUACCUUGCCAUUGUCAUAGAAAGUGAAGAAGCUCGUCAGAUUUCGGAACUUGUUAAACUGUUGAAGUGGCUAGACUCUAUUGGUGUGAAGAAUGUGUGCCUCUAUGACAUGAAUGGAGUACUGAAGAAGUCUAAGGAAACCAUACUUCAAAAUUUGAAGAAUGCAAAAUCCAUUCAGGAAGUUAGUCAAGUUGUUACACACCAUGCUCAUGAUCACAUGACUCUGGAGUUUCUUUCUUAUGUGGAUGGGAAGGAGGCAGUGGCGAAAGCAGCUAACUUGGUUUUUGUGGAGAACUUGAAACAGCAUUGCUUGGCUGGAGAACUAGAUGCUCAAAGAUCGUUAGAAUCUCACUUGAAUGAAGCAUUGCAAAUUGUUGGUAGCAAAGGCCCUGAGCCUGACCUUUUACUGGUUUAUGGACCUGUGAGGAGCCAUCUUGGUUUUCCUGCAUGGAGACUUCGCUACACAGAGAUCGUGUAAGUUCUUUAGAGGAAACUAUUAUUGUUUAUUAUAUCAGUGCAGUGAUAAAAUGUUUGUUUUUUUCACAGAAAGGAAACUAAAAGCGGUAGUUCUGUUACAUUGCCGUUCUGUUCUGAAUUAGUUAUCAACUUGGAAUAGUAUGGUGAUGAUUUAACUAAAGUAAAAGUCCUCGUAAAUGAAAUUAGUUUAAAACUCGAACUGAACUCCAUAAUUCUAUUGUAGAGACAUUAUAACAUUGAAAGUUUAACGUAAAGUUCCUUGCCAUGCAUAGGCUCUGCUCUGUAGGUGAUGUGAGAACUUGUUUAUAAUUUUUGAUGAAUGUUGGCCGUACCUAUACGUGAAAACUUAAUAUUAAAAGUUAGUGAUCUCAUGAUCGCUUAAGAAAGCUAUACACAUGUAUCUUUUUUUGUUAGAAAACUGAGAACCCACGGCCUCGAGUACAACACAACUUUUUUCAGAAGAUUUGGAUAUUUAGGGACCUAAAU